GUGUCUUUCUUUCACACCUGAAUGCCUAUGUAGGUCACCUUUCUGCAUUCUGAAGCUGUAAAGCCUCCAAUAUUUUGUGUUUCGUAACAACUCCUCCUCCAGACUCCGCCCUCACCUGGCAGUGCCCCUUGGCAACCAAUAGAGACACAGUCGUGGUUUCAUAACACAGUUUAUAAACUAACGAGAUCAUGUCUUUUUUCACCGAAGGGGUGGAGACCAAGACCUGAUUGGCUAACACGCCUUCAAUAGCAGAACUCUAUUGACAUGCCCUUCAAGGUAAUGCCUUAUAAAUAGCAGAACAUUUUCGCGGGUAUACCUAGUGGUUCCCAAAGAUACGAACGCCCCGAUCGGUUAAACCAUAAGACGGAACCACUUUUGGUGUUGAGAUCGACAGACCUCGACUCAACCGUACACACUGACACAUCGACUCUUUGUAGAACCGGUUUUGUCUGUGUAUUUUUUUUCGAUGACUUAAAUAGUGAAAUAGACGGAAAGUGUCUGAAGAUGGAAGGAAAGGUAGCGAUUGUCGGGAUCGGCUGUCGCUACCCCGGUGGCGUCAACACUCCCGGGGACUUCUGGUCCAUGUUGGCGGAGGGAAGGGACUGCACGAUCCCGCCUCCUGACGACAGGUUCGACGCCUCGUUCUUCUGGCAUCCCAACAGAACACCGGGCAAACUGUACAACCGAUGUGGCGGCUACCUACAGUGCAACGUGUUUGAAUUCGACCGACAGUUCUUCAAAAUCCCACCAGAUGAAGCAAACCAUCUAGACCCUCAAAUCCAACUACUUCUGGAAGUGACCUGGGAGGCGUUGGAGAAUGCAGGGAUCCCCCCAAGAUCCAUCCGUGGCUCCAACACCGGCGUUUAUGUAGGUGUCACGUCAAGUGAAUACCUCAUGAUGACCGUUAACCCCUUUUCAAACAUCAGCCAAUACACGAACUCUGGCACAAACUCAUGCAUGGUGGCCAACCGUAUCUCCUACGAGUUUGACCUCCAUGGUCCAAGCUUCUCCGUAGACACCGCCUGCUCCUCAUCAUUAUACUCCAUCCAUCUUGCCACCGAAGCCAUCAGAAAAGGAGAUUGUAGCAUGGCCAUAGCUGGGGGUGUCAACUUGAUGCUGUUACCAGGAACCACGGUGGGGUUCUGUCAAGCAGGGAUGCUGUCACCAGAUGGGAAGUGUAAGAGCUUUGAUGCCUCUGCAGAUGGGUAUUGUCGUAGUGAGGGAGCCGGUGUAGUUGUCCUUAAGCCACUCUCAAGAGCCCUGGCAGAUGGUGACAGGGUCUAUGCCGUCAUCAGAGGAGGCAGCCUCACCAAUGACGGUAGAACACCAGGCAUCGCUAACCCCAGCUAUGACGCUCAACUGGACCUUGUUGAGAAAGCGUGUGCAGCAGCCAAAGUACAUCCUCACAAGAUCCAGUAUGUGGAGGCACAUGGAACUGGCACCAAGGUUGGUGAUAGAACAGAGGCAAAUGCGCUGGGCCAGAUUCUCGGUAGAGGACGAACAAAGGAAGAUCUACCGCUCUACAUUGGCUCAGUGAAGUCCAACUUCGGACACACGGAGGGCGCCGCGGGUGUAGCGGGGAUCAUCAAACUUGCUCUCAUGAUCAACAACGCACAGAUCCCAAGGGUGGUGCACUUUUCAUCACCAAAUCCAGACAUACACUUUGACGUGCUAAACAUCAAGGUUCCCAGUACUUUGCUACCAUGGGAAGGAGGUGAUACAAGGCUUGGAGGCUGCAGCUCAUUCGGCUUUGGUGGAGCUAAUGCUCAUCUCAUCUUGGAGGAAUCCCCAUCUUACAACCUGCACCCAGCCAUAGCUGAUAGUGACAGAGCCAUGCAAAGUCAGCUCGGGGAAGGAAUAGGGCAUGACUCGAAAACCAUCAUGGUGCUGUCUGGGAACACCAAGGCUGCUUUGAAGGAACAAGUCGAACAUUGGAUCUCGUUUAUUACAGACACGAUAGCUUUCAAUGAAGACCGUUUCCAACAGAGCCUGUACACCGCUGCAAACCGCUAUCAGCACCAUGUAGAAAGGCUAGCAGUAGUUGUCAACGGACCAGAGGAUGCCGUUCAAAAGCUCAACCUCUUGAAGAAAGACGAAAAGGUGAAGACAGCUGUGGAUGGAAAAGUCCCCGAUGGAGCUGAGCGCGGCAAGAUGGCAUUCGUCUUCUCAGGCAUGGGAACUCAGUGGUGGGGAAUGGCCAGAACACUUGCUCGGGAGGAUCCAGUAUUCAGGAACGUCAUACAGCGGUUUGAGGAUGUGCUGAGGACACUUGGAGCUGACUGGUCCAUAGUCGACAUGUUGAUGAGGGAGACAGAUCCAGACAAGAUCAACAGAACAGACAUCGCACAGCCCUGCAUUUGCGCUGUGCAGAUCGGUUUGGUUGAGCUGUUGAAACAGUAUGACGUCAUACCCGAUGCCAUCGUCGGUCACAGUGUUGGAGAGGUCGCGGCAGCACACGCUGCUGGUCUAUUGAGUUUCGAAGAUGCCGUGCGAGUGAUCUACCACAGAGGCAAGGAACUCAGCAAGACAAGCGGUCAUGGGAAAAUGCUCGCCGUACUGCACCCAAUUCGGGAGAUAGAAGAGCUCCUGGAAAAAGAUGAAAACAAGAACACCAUCAAUGUAGCUGCAACAAACAGUCCCAACCAGAUCGUACUCUCAGGAGAUGUCAAUGCUGUGGAUGGCUUCCACAACAAGCUGAAGGAUAAUGAUAUCAAAGGUGUCCUCCUUAAAGUGAACAACGCCUUUCACAGCUACCAGCAGGAACAAGUGAUGGAUGACAUCCUCACAAAGUUGAGCAUUCUAUCAGCAUCCAACAGGAAGACAGAAGCACAGAUCCCCAUGAUAUCCACGGUCACAAACAAAUGGCUGUCACCAGAGAUCACUAACACUGCCCACUACUGGUGGACAAAUAUUAGGCAACAAGUCCGCUUCAUGCAGUCAGUACAAGUUCUCCUGCAGGAAGGCUACAACACUUUUGUCGAGAUAGGAGCUCAUCCAGCUUUGGGUCCUGCAUUGAGAGAUAUUUUCAGCACCGUCAACUCCCGGAGCACAAGGCAAAACAUCAUACCCACUCUGCUGCGGCCACGAGAUACAUCCUCUGCAGCUGACGACCUUGAACACGUCCUGAUCGCAACAGGAACCUUACAUGUGAAGGGGUACCCGAUCAACUUCAGCCCGGUCUUUGAGGAAAAGCACCGACGUGUUCACGACGUCCCUGCGUACCCUUGGCAAAGGGUCAUCUGCAAUGCCGGAACAGACGCCAGUUCAUCACGAUACAAGUUUCCUCCAAGAGUACAUCCUUUACUCGGACAAGCACAGGAGACUACCGAAGGGACGAACAGCCAGAAGGCGAAGGUUUGGUGCUCCAAUUUUACAGAGGAAUCUUUGCCUUGGCUAAAACACCACAUCCUAGAUGGAAACGUCGUCGUCCCGGCUGCUGCAUACAUGGAGACGGCACUAGCGGCAGCGUCUGAGAUCUAUGGCGAUCAAAACCCACUCUUGCUGACAAACCUGCAGUUCAAACGUUUCAUGUUUGCUCCAACAUCAGAAGCAGUAAUCAAAUCGACACUUCAACACAGAAGUGCAAGUGAGAAGCACUUUGGCCUGUACAGCAAGGAUGCUUCCGGGUCAUGGAUCCUUCAUGCCACAGCAGAGGUACACAAGGGAGACCUGACACAACCAGUUGGAGGUACCAGUCUACUUACAGAUGUUGCAGAGAGGUGUUCCAAAACCAUUUCAAACGAGGAAAUCUACGAAGCUGCAAAAGAAGCUGGCUUUCAUCUUGGUAGUUCGUUCCACUGCGUUACUUCAUGCACAACAUCUGAGAGCUAUGAAGAAGCCCUGGUCACAGCUGAGGCACCGGAAGAGAUUUCAAGAGAAUUUGAACGGUACAUCUACCAUCCUGCCUUCAUGGAUACAUUUCUGCACACAUUUGCAUGCCUGUCCCUCCUGAAUGACAAGUAUACUGGAAAGACGCCGUCAAAGCGAGUUCCAUUCUCCAUGAAGUCUCUGUGCAUGUUCGACAAAAUGCCCCCAAAGACCUGUCUCCACUUCCGAAUUUCAAAGAAAGGUGAGCGCAGAGUGGUGGACAUCACAGUAACAGAUACCAGCGGCCAAGUCAUUUGCGAAGUUGAAGAGCUCAUGUUUGAAGAUAUUGAAGCAGGUUCAUCCUCGGGAGUCAAGCUUUGGAACCUUCAAUGGGAACCCAUUGUACAGGAAGAAAAUGAAGAUCAGGCGCCAACGUACAAACAUGUACUGAUCCUACAUGAAAAUGAAUCCUUUAGCUCAUCGGUGAGUUCAGCACUACAGGAUAAUCUGGGAUGUGUAGUUGACAUGACAAACCACAAUGUCCUGUCUGAAAACGAAGGUAGUAACGAGGUGCAACAUGACACGGCUCAAGAAUACCAAGAUUUGGAUCACAUCAUUGUUCUGUGCGAUUCAGAAAGACAUGAGCAAAUGGAAGAUUCAGAAAAACAUGCUCUUAAGUCUUUCAAAUGCCUUUCCACGUUUAAGCGCUUUUCACAAGGGGAGCAUCCCCCGGCACUUUGGAUAGUCACACGUGGAUCGUCUUCAGUGCAAAAGCAAGACAUCGUGAGCCCGUCCCUGGCAAGUGCAUCAUCUCUGUGCUUAUCGAUAUCACAAGAAUACCCACAGUUCAAGGUCAAAGCAGUUGACUUAACACCACACCAAAGCUUUACUGAUGCAGCUGUGGAGCUUUUGACCGUCCUGCAGUCAAAUCCGAGAGAAAAUGAAAUCGCAGCUCGAAGUGACAGCUCGUCAGGUCAUCAGCAAGUUCAACUGUACGCUCGGAGACUGAGCACCAUGAAACCUGACCAGAUACUCACAACAUGUUCACCCGAGGAAUCAUGGGUCUUUGACCCCAAGCAAAGACAAAACGGAAAGAAGCUCUGCAAAGCCCAGGCAAGUCUACAUACACCAACACCAGUUGAAGCUACAGUUAAGCUUGAGGCCUUUGUCGUGUCUCCCUUUGCUGACAUGGUGGAGAGGUAUGAUGAUAUGACCAAGGAUACUCACAUCAUUUGUGGGACUGCACAUCACAUACCAAAGGAGAUAGGGGUCAAGGAAGGAUCAAGGGUGAUGGGAGUCAUCAUGGGCUGCAUCACUCCUCAAAUGAAUAUAGAGAUGAGACAACUGGUGCCUGUGCCGAGUGCCCUCUCAUGGAACGAUGCAGUUGCAAGAAUCAGAGAAUUUUUGCCAGCAUUCUCUUUUUUCCAGAAGAUCCAAACAGUGCGUGAAGAAGAUACAGUGGUUGUUUUUCUGCCUGAUGAGGACAGCAAGGAAGCAAUGGCGUAUGGCUCCCUCGCACUACACCAAAAGGCUCGUGUCCAUGUUGUGACAGAUUCAGUCCAAAGUGUAAACAUCGAACAAAAUCUUGGUUGCUCAACAGCAUCAUGCCCAUCUACGUCAGCAGUAUCGAUCACUACGUAUGGCAAGAUGGACGAAGACAUACCAGACAAGCAUGCGAGUGUUGUGUUCUUACCUAAAGGAGGCAGAGCAGGGGAUGUCCUGCUACAAGCUGCAAGGAAGCUGCGAGACUAUGGAACUUUAGUCAAUUUGGGCAGUUCGACAAUUAUCAUGGACCAACUACCAAAGAACAUCAAAUACAUCUCUGUGGAUCCUUUCAGUAGUUGCGCAGCAGGGGAGUCAUCACGUCUUGCCAUUGCAAACGAUAUUCAACACCUUCUCUCAGAAUUUGAUCAGUCCCACGGCACACUAUCCUCACUCACACCAUCCACACAAACCACCAUGGAACUCUCCGUUCUGUCCCGUGCCUUGCACCAACAACAGAAAGGAUUGAAGAUACCCGAUAUCGUGACCGUCGAUGAUAGUGAAGUACAGCUGGGUCUAGACAUCAAGCAAAGCCAGUUUAAAGCUACCAACAAAGCCACAUAUGUUGUCACGGGAGGACUGAAAGGGUUUGGUCUUGCCCUUCUGGAAUGGCUGGCUAAGAGUGGAGCGAGUCAUCUUGUUGUGCUUGCGAGAAGUGAACCGAAUGAAGAAGCCAAACUGAAGAUGGAAGAAUUAUCUACAAAUUCUGUCGAUGUAAAGGUGGUGAAAACGGAUGUUACCAACAAAAAAGCUGUGGAGAAUGCACUGAUUUUGGUGCGUGACACAAUGCCAGCUAUAGAGGGGAUCUUUCACUGUGCAGCGGUUUAUGCAGACAAACUGAUUGAUCAGACAACACAAGAUGACUGGGAAAGGGUCAUGCUUCCAAAGGCAGUUGGUGCUGUGAUCUUGCAUGAUGUAACAAAGACGCUAGGCAUCGAGCUAAAGCACUUUGUUCUCAUCUCCUCAGUUGUUGCUCUGUUUGGCAACACAGGACAGGUCGGCUACUGUGCAGCCAACAGCACUCUGAUAGCACUGGGGCAAGCGAGACGGCAAGAGGGUCUGCCUGCAACAGUCGCCAGUUUUGGAGUCAUCAACACCGUUGGGUUUGCUGAGAGAUCCGGUCUUGUCAAGAUGUGGGAGAAGAUGGGUGUGCAAAGCAUUUCACCACAUGGUGCACUGGAAAUCCUUGGGUGCAUGAUGGAGAAUGAGUAUCCUCAUUUUGGUAUCACUGCAAACUUCGAUAUUCGAAAAUAUUGCAGCACCCACAAGUCAAUGGUACUACAACACCUACAGGCCCCUGACACCAGCUUUUCUCGAUUCACCUCAUUGGUGCCCAGUGACGUGCUCAGUGGAUCAGUAUCCCUUUCUGACAAAGUUCUUGCGUCCACAAGGGAAAACGGCCUAAGCAUCAUACAGGGAGAGCUGAUUGCUUACAUAUGCCAACAACUUGGCAUUGAAGACCCGACAGAAAUCACCGACGAAACAAGUCCAGUAUCCCUUGGGCUGGACUCUCUCUUGUCCGUGGAUAUGAGCAACGAAAUAGCGGACAAAUUUGAGGUGACAGUUACAUCCGUGGAACUCCUGAGUGACAAAAUGACCGUCAAGAUGCUCAGUGAAUCAAUCUUUGAAAAGAUGAUCAACCUAGCUGGUAACGAGGGAACAGCAACUGGUCCAGAAGUACCUGCUGAAGAUAGCUCAUGGCUUCAUUUCUUUGGUAAACUCCAAGACCCAACUCUCACUCUGGUCUGCUUUCCUGCAAAUGGUGGGGGUCCUUCCCUCUUCUACCAGUGGGGAGACCAUUUUGCAAAACACAACAUCGAGGUUGUAGCCGCCACUCUGCCGGGCUGGGAAAGCAGAGAAAGGGAAUCUCCUAUCAGCAGUCUACAGCAAAUUGUUGGGGUACUCGGGGCUCAAAUCAUGGAGACCAUGAUGGAUGGCAAUAUGGUGGCAUUCUAUGGUCACAGUAUGGGUGCACUCAUAGCAUUUGAAGUUGCCCAUUUGCUCCACGUGAAAGGCAGUGUAUGCCCUUCUCAUCUAUUCGUUGGAGGAUGGUAUGCUCCAUCUCUACCAUAUCCACAUCCACAGGAACUGAGGGUAUCACCCUUGUUGUUUGAUCCUUCAACUGGAACACAGCAGAUCAUGGAAGAGGCUAAAACCUUCUCCUUCCUCCCGGAAGCUGUCAUUAACAACCCCACUCGCCUGCGACGUCUGUUACCGUGUAUCCAGGCUGGUAUAGCAAUGUGCAAGUCUUACAUUUGCAAGCAUGAUGAACCACUCCCAUGCAAUGUUGUUGCGUUUGGUGGCCUGGAUGAUCCAUUUAUCUCCCCUGAUCUUCUUGACAAAUGGGAGCUUGUUGCCUCCAACGAAUCAGCCUCAACCCAAGCUUUCAGGAAGUGCAUUGUGCCGGGCGGACAUUUCUUCAUCUCGACGUCAAGACAAGAUGUCCUGAAUAGAAUGACGAGUGUCUUACAAGAAGACGGUGUAAUCGUUCAACCACCGAGCAAGAGCGAUCCACCAAAAGAAGUCGACAUUCAAACGAGCCCAACCUCCACUAUGGUUUCCACCGCUCUAAGCCCUGUCAAGUCUACACCAAUCAUCCACAAGGCAGCUGCGUAUCUUCAGUACCAGAUAAGACAUCCCACAGUUUACACUAAGAAUUUGUACAUCAUGUUCCGUACCCAAAAUAUCCCCGUUGAUAUCGACAGCUGGCGAUUUGUCUUUCUGCAACUGAUGGACCGUCAUGAAACACUGCGGUCAACCUAUCACGUGUCAAGUGACGUUCAGCAACCAAGUGGGACCGAGGCAAGGUACUAUCACGAAAUUGAAGGUGCCACAGACAUCGAAGUAUUGACGGGAUAUCAGCAGAAUGAGGCUGAAGAAGAAGUGUACAAGAGAACCAAGGUACCCUUCCAACUUGACAGGGAGUACCCAGCAAGGUGCAUUGUUGCCCCCACUGGAAAUCGGAGUGCUGUGAUCGGACUUGUCUUGCAUCACAUUUCAACAGACACAACCAGCCUCAAUAUACUAUUCAAGGAAUUCGGGGAAAUUAUGCGGGCACACUUUAAGAGGAAAACCCUCCAGCAGCCGAUGGCAACACUGACGUAUUGUGAUUUCAUACACUACUACUAUAACUACCUUCGACAGAACCAGCAGAAGCUACAAGACUUCUGGCGGGCAGCCCUGCCUACAGCUGUUCCAUCCAUUAACCUUCCAUUUGCCAAGCCGAGACCGCCAGUCUUCCGCCCAGAAGGCGGCUCACUCGAGGUUAAUCUGCCCAAGGAGCUGGUCCACAGCCUUGUGGAAUACGCAAAGACCAUUCGCACCACUGUGUACAGCAUUAUGGCUACUACAUACCAGCUUCUGCUGCACAUCUACACUAAACACGACGACAUUGUGAUUGCAUGUCCAUUCGACAUGCGGAUGUUGGCUCCACAAUUCUCCAACGUCCAUGGCCUCUUCCAGCAUUCACUGCCAUUCAGUGCCUCCUUCAAGGACAAGGAACAAUCCUACCAACAAACUGUUCUACAGUCUUCCCGCAAGCUUCAAGAAUGCAAGAAACACGGCAUGUAUCCGAUAGACGAGAUCAUGAAAUUGGUGUCAUAUGAAAAACACCCAACGAUGGAUCCCAUCAUGCAGCAUAUCGUUGUUCAGAAUGACCAAACUGGUCUGAACAAAAUGUUCAAUGGCUCCGCUGGCAAGAGGAUAACCUUACUGAAGAGUGGUUACCAUGACUACGCCAAUGACUUUGUCCUCCACUUGUUCCAAGACACCAACUCAAAAUCUGUCAGCUGUAGCAUCCGAUAUGCAAAGGCCCUGUUCGAUGAAGAGGUUGCACAGUGCAUUGUGGACGACUACGUCACAUUGCUUUCCACGUGCCUUAAGAAUCCAGACUUGAGUCUUUCGAAAAUCCACAAUGCCGUGGAAAUGACAGCCUUAAACUGCAAGCCUGAGACAGUGCCUUACAAGAGCAGUGAACUGCUCGUGAAUGGACGACCUAUGGCAGAGGAAACUAUCCACGGACAUUUCCACGUCCAAGCAACAAGGACACCCGCAGCUCACGCGGUCUCCUUCAAAGGAGCCCAGGUCUCAUAUCGGACCCUCGACGAGCAGUCUGAUCAUCUGGCAUCCGUCCUGACUGACAUGAAGUCAUCCAAAAACAGCAAAGAUGACGUGGUAGCCGUGUACAUGGCAGAAAACCGGUACGUGGCACAAGUACUCCUUGGAACGUGGAAAGCUGGUCUAGCCGUGUGCCCCUUGCCUUUGAAUUCAACAGAAGACAUCAUUUCUGGAUUAACCACAAAAUGCCAUAUCGUGGCUAUCGUCACAGAUCAGAUAACCGCUACCACAAAUCUGUUUCCUUCACAGAUGCAUAAGCGCAUAGUCAACAUUGACAAGGUCUGGGAGGAAACAAGGAACAGCCAUUCAGCCACACCUUGUCCAUUCCAAGUUUCCAAGUAUGCCUUUGUGAUGACUACUGGUAGAACACAUGAAAGGCUGGUCAGGGGCACACAUGCAGGGUUGUUAAACCGACUCAAGUCAACAUGGCAACACUUUCCACACCAGACCAAUGACAUUUGCUGUCUCAAGUCUCCUCUUACCGGCCGUGUAGAUGCUAUGCUGGAGCUCUUUGGCCCUCUCUUACAAGGCGUACCAGUGGUUAUCAUCCCCAUGGCUCUUCUCUUCCAUCCUGCCCAACUGCUGAAGUGUAUCUCUGACCACAAGAUAACGAGGCUGUCUGGUGUACAUCAGAGAUUCUGGAACGCUCUACUCCAGGAGCUAGUCAGCACGCCAACAAGGAAGGAAUGGAAUCGACUGCCUCUCAGGUACAUAUUCACCGAUGCACGCAGUACCAAAUCAGGCACAUUGAGUGAGUUGUCACGGGCAUUCCCACAUGCAACUAUCGUCAGCACGUACAGCACAUUAGAGGUGUACUCUGGCGGGCUGACGUCCAAGGGAUCCGAGCCAACCCCCAUCGGUGACGACACAGUAACAAUGAGACCAAUGGACAGUACCAAGGUCAUUGUACUAGGCCGCAGUGGAAGCGGACAAGGAACGCUCUGCAUUUCUGUCCCUGAACUGUCAGACAAUGUGAAGGAAUUCACAGGACAGACCAUCCUUAAAGAUGGCAUCCCCUACUACAUAACUGAAAGACAGGUGUCUUUGACACCUUCUGGCAUGGUUCGACUGUCGGCAGAAUGUGAAAAUGGUGAUAGCAAGGAGGGCUCAUCAACAUCAAGUAGCCUUGAAUUCCCACAACAACUGAUCAAUGGAUUCUGUGACAAAGACUCCAAUCCAGAUGGGCCUUAUACGCUGGACUACGAACUACUGCAGAUGCUCCAGAAAGGCACUAUGGUGAAGAAGAUGACGUCUACAGGAUGGACCCACAAGAAGAGGCUCCAGCUGGUGGUGGGGAAUGAGUCGGCUGCGAACCUUCUGUGGGGCUCCAACAGCAAAACCAGACAGAUUCCAGUUUCAAGCAUCUCCAGUAUCCAGCUGUCCACAGUUGAAGGAAAGCCCAGCCUCCGCUUGGUGACUGAGGAGCGAGACUUCACCUUUAUCUUCAGCUCCAAUAAGGACAUGGAGAGCUGGAGACACGCCCUAUGGACCCUGGUCUCCACAGCUGCAGGGGGAGACUCAGAGGGCGAAGACACAUACCUGUAAGGUACUACUAGUCUGGUUGACGCAUUAGGCAAAGACAAGGUUUUGGUGACCUUCAGUUUAAUACCCAAUUAAUGUUUUAAAAGUAUAUAUAUAUAUCUAUACUAUAUGCAUAUACAUUACAACAUUAUGGUAUCAAUCUUUGUACUAAUCUGAUCCAAUAUCUAUAAUUUUGAUUUGACAGUAGGUGUUUGUCAAUGAAAAUUAAUUUCAGCAAAGAGUGAAAUUAUACCUUUAAUCUCGGCAUUGGUGAUAAAGCAUUGGUGUCAGAAGGGCCUAUCUUGCAGAAGGUCAAGAAGAUUGUAUUGCACCAAUUUUUAAUUUUCCUUUAACACCAAAUGUUGUCCAACAACGUGAAAGAUGUAAAGAUUUUUUAUCAGCAACGUAUGAAUAUGAUAACAAUAUAUGUAUAACGUCAUCGUAUAUUAUCUACAAUAACAUAUGUAUUGAUUUUUCUGCAUUUGUGUAUUUUACUUAGGCAUAAAUAGCAAUAGUGACCAUAAUCAUUGUCAAUAACAGCGUGUUAUCACAUAAAAAGAAAUAUAUUUGAAACUACAGUAGAAAUUCUUAUCUAGUUUUGUCACUCAUGUGUACGUGGGCUCAUGGCAUAUACCACGAUACAUAUAAUUUCAUAUACCUACAUUUGAAACAAAGGGAUUUCUAUCUUUCAAUAAUCCUCCGAUGAUGUAUGAUUGUACUGAGUUAAGUAAUGUGACUUCUAUUUGGACUGUUUGAGUACUAUUUCAGAAUGUCGUAUGCGCGCGUCGACAUAUUUGCAACGUCUCUUUGGCGUGAUUGUAUUAUCAUGAUACUUGAAUCAUAGUGUGAUGUGUUUUUGAACGUAGUGUAUGUACUAUUAAUCUACAUACGGAUUUACAAUUAUAUCAUACAAAUGAGAUUUGUGGGUGAAUGUUAGACAUAAUCAUCAGUAGAAAAUGAUCGUUACCGAUAACCAAUAUGUGAUGACUUGAAGAGACAAUAGAAUUAUAUAUCGGAAUGUGCAAGCUGUCUGUCCCUUUUUGUUAAUGGUGCCAAUCUAGAGUAAAGUUGUAGCUGUAUUAUCCUAUGAUUAGUUGCCCGUGAAUCCAAAAGGCUGAGUUUAGUGAUAUUUGGUCUUUACCAGAGACACAGCUCUUAGAAAACACUUUGGGACGAAGUAAAUCCGUUUCCCGUUAUUUUACAAGUAGCUGGGAAAUGUUUCAGAGACGUGUAACGUAAAGGGGUCGUUUUUCUCACGCACUGGUGCUCAAAUUAAAAAAGCACGUUACUCGAUUUGAAAUUCAUUGGGCAUUGAUAGAGGGCCAUUUCCCAAAACGGACAAGCGGUCAACAUAGAAAGUGGACAGAGUAGAAAGCCCGACAAAAGGACUAAAAAGACUUGAAAAAAAUCCACAUCGGAUUGGUACAAAGGAAACCUGAACGAUCAUAAA